AGAAAUAUGCCCUGCAUUUUAUUUUAACAAAUAUUAUAAGUAGCAGUUCAGGUGUACUCACUGUACUGUUUGCUUUUCUACAAUUGUAUGUAUGAAUUUUAAACUAUGUCACCCGGAGUAGCUCGCCAUUUAGCAAGACAAAUCCUUGCAAACAAGUGCAUUCUUGGCCAAGUUUGCAAUGCAGCAGUUCAUACAUCUAGCAUUAAAUUCUAUCUGUCUGAUACUGGCAAUUGCAGCAAUGCUGAGUUUAUGAAAACAAGGUAUAAUGAUCUAAGAGAUUUGAUCUAUGAAGACCAUGAACAGGUUCAUAAUGUGGACCCACGAGGAGUAUUUGCGAUCAACCAAAUUAAUCUUGGAGAGGUGGGAGUGUAUGGGUUUGAUUAUGACUACACCCUUGCACAAUAUUCCGACUCCAUGCAAGAGUUCAUAUACACACAGAGCACUAAAGUUUUGGUUGAAAAGCAUAAUUUUCCUAAAGAUCUCCUGAAUGUGUCAUUUCUACCAGACUUUUGCAUUCGGGGAUUGCAUUACGACAUACAGAGGAGCUUGCUAAUGAAGGUGGACAUCUGUAAUGUUAUCCAACUUGGUACUGUGUACAGGGGAAUGGAGAUGGUACCCGAUGAAGAGGUUAUGUGGUUAUUCAAUGGAACACGGCACAUUCCAAAGCACAUUAUUGAGCAAUCCUAUGUUAGCACAGGUGAAUCUCUGCGCCAAUUAAUGGACAUUUUCUCCAUGCCCGAAAUGAUGCUGCUGGCAAAUGUUGUGGAGUAUUUUAGACAUAGAAACAUUGUUUAUGACCCCAGAAUCUUGUUUGAAAGUGUACAGGACUCUGUCCGUUCUGUUCAUGUUUCGGGCCUCUUGUAUGAUGAAGUUGCCUCAAACAUUGAUAAAUAUUUGGAUAAAGGAAGUUUAACACCAUUGAUUAACUUCUUACUUGCUGGGGGAAAGAAGUUGUUUCUCAUUACUAACAGUGGUUAUCACUUUGUCAAUUGUGGGCUUCGGCAUCUAAUUGGACCUGAUUGGAAAGAUGUAUUUGAUGUUGUGAUUGUACAAGCAAAGAAGCCCAGGUUUUUCCACAAGGGUUCAAGACCAUUUAAAUGUGUGACACCCGACAAUUCUUCCUCAAAUUUGGUUGUUUCUUGGGAAAGAGUAAAUGAGUUCAAAAAGGGAGAAGUUUACUGUGAAGGAUGCAUCGAUGAACUCAUGCAGUUGUCCAAAUGGGUUGGGAAUGAAGUCUUGUACUUCGGUGACCAGAUUUAUGCUGAUUUGUCAGACCCCACAUACUCUUAUGGCUGGAGAACUGGUGCAGUGAUCCCAGAACUCGAAGAAGAGAUUUCGGUUAUGAAUUCUCGUGUGUUUGGGCAUUCUGUAAUUUGGCUUCAAACUUUGGAACGCCUCUUGGAAAGAAUGCAGAUUUACAGAGAUGCAGAAAGUCAACAGCUUGUUCGAGAAUGGUUGAACGAACGAAACGAGUUAAAAACUAAAGUAAAAGAAAUUUUUAAUCCAAGAUUCGGGUCUGUUUUCCGCUCCCAUCUUUCAUCUUCUUACUUCGCUGGUCGUCUAUGCAGGAUGGCAGAUCUUUACACAUCUUCAGUCAAUAACUUAACACAGUACUAUCCAAACCAUUUCUUUUUCCCUACACGAGGUACUCUACCCCAUGAACAUGUUGUCAGUCUUGCUUACCAACAUGAUGGCUAUGAUCACGCAAUUGAGAAGGCACUAAGUGACAAAAGACCAAAUAACUUAAAAUAGUUUGAUUGAUGUUUUAUAAAUUUCAUACACAUCAGAAUGGAAAAUAUUUGUUUAAAAAGAUUCGUCACUGUAUAUCUAACAGAUUGUGUUGUCCAAAUCGUUCACAAAUUUUGGUAGAACAUUGUAAAUGUGCGUAUUUGUUUGUCGUUUAUUUAUGAAGAUAUCUGCAGUUUAACUUAUUGUAUGUUUGUGUGCGUAAUACAUGUCACUGUGAACGUAAGUUAAGCAAGCAGCAUCUUGAUCCAAAGUACAUACAUGUCGCAGUGUGCCAAUGUAAUACAGCUUUAAGUGGUGUU